AGAGUGGAUAUAGUGAAUGCGGGGUCCGGGGAGAACGGAUAUAGUGAAUGCGAGGGUCUGGGGAGAACAGAUAUAGUGAAUGCAGGGUCUGGGGAGAACAGAUAUAGUGAAUGCAGGGUCUGGGGAGACAAGAUAUAGUGAAUGCAGGGUCUGGGGAGAACAGAUAUAGUGAAUGCGGGGUCCGGGGAGAGCGGAUAUAGUGAAUGCGGGGUCCAGGGAGAGCGGAUAUAGUGAAUGCAGGGUCCGGGGAGAGCGGAUAUAGUGAAUGCGGGGUCCGGGGAGAGUGGAUGAAGUGAAUGUGGGGUC